AUGGAAACUCUGAAACGGUUUAAAAUCUUCCAAGCAGCGCGGGCAGAAAUCGAAGAUCCCCACAAAGCGUACGAGAACGUGCUACUCGAACUGAAUGGGGUUGCGCGCAAUUAUUUGGGGAUGGACGCUCUGUAUCUGGACUUUUCGUUUGUCAAUCCUCGAUUCAUCGCUCUCCUGAUAAUCAUGACCACGUUUAUGUACGCCGAUAUCGAGGCAGCAAUACUGUCCGGCGAUGUCGGAGGUUUCGCGUACAACAUAGCCGUGCUCGGGUUCGGAGUGCAAGGCUUCGCCAAAUUCGAUGCGUAUGUCUACCGUAAGAAGUUGAUGCAAGACCUGCUUUGGAGGGGUAGCGCAUUUAUGGAGCGAAAUAAAGGAAUAGAUCGCUUGAGGGAAAUCCUGAUCGAUAACGCUACGGUCAUUCUACUUCUCAAACGGUUUUAUUUCAAAUUGUACGGAACGGCGUUUACUUUGAUAGCAACCUUCGGGAUAAUAGUGUCGAUAAUAAGUGGUGAACGUCUUCUGACUUUUGGAUACCAGUUUUCAUUCCUGGACACCUCUGAGUGGUUGGGGUAUUGCCUAACGUACUUCUACCAAGUCUUAGGUUUGCUGAUGGUGAUUAUCAGUUCCUGUUGCAACGACAUACUGAUGGUGGCAGUGUAUGUUGGCGCUAUGGCAAUGUAUGAUUGCAUCAUGUCGGAUCUGAGAGAACUAUCGAAGGUUUCACAGUUAGAGAAAACGCUAGCCAAUAAACGAAUUGCUAAGGACCUAAUGAAUUCAAUCAUAAAGCAACAUCAGGAUGUGCUGCAAUUGCUCAACUUGUCGAAUGACGUUUACAGUUCCUACUUCCUGAUGAGCCUCGCAUGUAUGACUGGUACGCUUGCCAUACUGUUGAUCGCGUUGGUUUGGGUUCGUUGGUAUGCUGCAAUCGUUAUCUGUGUGGUUGCCUCAUCACAAAUUUUUACCCUAUGCUUGCUGGGUACUCUCUUGCUAAUGAAGAGUGAUGACUUGAUUGUUAAGAUUUAUGCCACUACUUGGUAUGAUUUGGAUUUACCGGUGCAGAAAUCGUUGAGCCUAAUGCUAAUGAACUCUCAACAUUUUAAGGAAAUAUCCUACCGUUUAGGAGUGAUGAACAUGGAGACAUUUUUGCAGAGCCACAAAAUGAUUUACAGGUUUUUCACCAUGCUGGUCACAAUGCAUGAAUAGAUCCAAAUUUAACAUUCUUGUUAUAUGUCUGACAACGUUAUAACGUCAAAAUCCGACGCCACACAUUAAAAACAUAGUCAACGCACGGUGCAACAAAACUAUUUUCGAAAUCAGACUAACAUGUUUUUGUUCGACCAAAAAUCAACACUUCAUAUUAGUAGCAGCCACAAUUUCACGUUUGAGUAAAUUAAUAUAGUUACUUUGAAGAAAAGUUAGCUAAGGUCUCUAGCUUUUCAAUUGUGUUCAUAUCACUGCUUAAUAUUGACUUGCAAAAAUAGUUAUGAGCAAAUAACGCAGCUAGGCCCACAACCG